GGCGCACUUUCUCCUUCUAUAAUCACACAUUAAAGUGACUUGAAACCAUUCCUCCAGACCCGGGCCCCCAUGGGCACCCAUCCGAGCCCGGGCCGCCCCCCCUUGGGCUCCGUGCCUGGUCAUGCUAGCGCCAAAACCUUUCGUUGAAAACCAAGGGGUUUUUUAAUUUACGAAAAGUCCAAUUGCGCAAUUAUAUGGUCAAUGAAAACACAGCUACUGAACACACAUCAUUUGAAUUGCAUUUCUUACGUAAUGGAAACAUCACAAUUUCAAAAUGGUGUUUUGUCAACAUCAGGGGGAUAUCGACAUCGUUUUGCGUGCUUUUGCAUUGGAAACGCAGUGACUGGUGACUGCGAAAUAUGGAUUAGUCUGAUUACAAAAUUAUAGAGUUUCUUCUGAAAUUGUGUAAAAACCUCUGAAUGAUCUUGAAGACUAAUGUGUAUUUACAUAAACACAGUGGCUAAUGUAAAUUUGAUAAAGGGUUAAACUAUAUUAUGACACUGAUCUAACUCAAGACAAAAUGGGGGAGAAAAUUAAAAAAAUGUUCUUUAAAAUGUAAUACUAGAAAGCAGGAGACAGGUCCUCAUGAGAGUUUGAUGACUAUCUUUUAAGAGCAUCUAAUUCUUGGUUUGAGGGAAGAAGAAAAAAGAAAACUGCGUAAAUUGUCACAUGGUAAGCAAAACGCAGCAGUUUCCAGAAAGGCAGGUUCUCCUUCCUUCAGCUUAGAGAUAAAGUGCUGUGAAAAAGGAAACGGAAAAAAAAAGAGCAAAAAAAGACUUGGGGUUUUCACCCUGACGUUUCGUAUUGCAGAUCACACAGUUACUAUCAACGUAACCACACGCCGCAGUCAAGCCACAGCUUUGUUGUCAGCUUCACGUACGUUUCCCCGUCGUCACUUUAGAGAGGGAAAACGAGAAACAUGAAAACUACAGACUAGUCACUUUGAGUUCAGGAGGUACGAAGUAAUCAGAAAAGCUCAGAACUCUACUGAACAGCGCUGCGAAGCAGGUGGGAGGAAAUAAAUUGAGAAACUUGAAGAAGACGCUGAGCUGAUUCGCAGACAGGAUGAGAAGAAGAACAGCUAGAAAGUAACUGAUAUCCUCAAACCUCCUGGCCACACGUUGGAAAUCCAGCCAUCCUAGUGAUUCACAUCUCAAAGAAAAUAACUUGUGAAAAAAUGGUGACAACUAGGAUAGGACUCUUCCUUUUCCUUGUACUUUGUAUCUGCAGUGCGAAAGCUGAUAAUUGCCCCAGCCUUCCUCUAAAGAGUCUCACUUGCUACAGUGACUAUAACGAUGUUAUAAACUGUGUGUGGAACAGCUCUCAUGUCCAAAAUCUUACAGACGAUGUGUGCACAGUACAUGCAAAACAUCCUAAGUCGUACUAUAAAGCUUCCUGUGAGCUAAAGCCCAUUGAUGCCUCAAACCCAGCUUUAAAAAACUGCUCAAUGAAAUUCUGGAGGACCUUUACUUUCCAGUCAUUUCAUAACCUAACCCUUGAUGUGAGCUGCAUGCCUUCAAAACAUCGUGAAGUCAUUUACUACAUGCCAGCGUGUCACAUAAAGUUGAACCCACCAGGACAACCUAAUGUAAACCAGACCACUGUGACUUGGACCUAUCAAGUUGAAAGCGGCAGUAGAAUUAAGUAUUUCCAAUUUGACCUACAGUGGAAGCAAAAGGAUGAGUCAUGGACUGAUCUCCCCAUUCGGAAUAAAAUCGUCAAUUGUAAAAUUAUCUGCAACACUCAGCUGGAACCCAGUUGUAAUAUGAACAGGAUCGCUCAGCUGGAUUCCAGUUGGUUCAUAAAAGAUGAGACUUAUGAAGCUCGUGUUCGCGUGUUCUUUGAAGAAUCAAAUCUUUCGGGAACCUGGAGUGACUGGAGCCCGACGAGUUCAUGGGUGUCAGAAGUGGGAAAAACCCCAGAGUCGUUUGUGGAUUUUCCCACCACCAGGGGGUUUUUGAUCGUGGCAGUGGCGAGUCUUUUCCUCGCCGGCGUAGGCCUCUGUACACGCAAAAAACAACUGAUCUACGUAGUGAAAAGCUUUAAAGGCGAACCCAUACCGGACCCUGGGAAAUCUGAAAUUUUCCAGGACUGGUUUUCUCUGAACUCAAAAGGUCAAGAAGUUACUCUUUCUUCAAAGCCUGAAAAAUCUGCAGUCCAAAUGUGGCUAAGCUCCCACUUCACCGGGGAACAUGUUCAGUCUUUCUUGAGCUCAGUGGAUAUUGUCUCCUAUGAAGUAACCUCCACCGUGGACGCCAUGAAGUUCUGUAGACCAGAAAUAAAAAUUAUGCCAGAAAGCAACAGCUGCGACUCCAGCUGCUCCAGCUUCUCCAACCCCAGUUACUCUGAGCUCUGCUCUUCUGAUUGCGCACCCGGUAAGAAGCUGCAGCCCUGCGCGCCCGACGCCCCUUACAAACCAGCCGGUGGCCGAGGUGAAGAACAGGACUCUGAAAAGGAAAGCGAAGCCACGGUGAAAAAAGAACUGGAAAUGGUCAAGUUGCUUUUUAUGGGUGAUGAUAAACAGAAGGCAGUGAUCAUUUCAGACUACGAGAAGGUAGAAAAGCAGCAACUGCUGCAGCAGGCCGAGAGGUUCAGGCUAAACAGUGUAGAUUCGGGGAUGUGCAGCUGUGAGGAAGUCAGUCAGGAGAGCAUGGAAGCAGACAGUAUCAAUACAGCCGACGGACACGACGAAGGGACGAAGGAAGGAAAACAGGAGGACGAGGAAGGGGAGGGAGGGAACGCGAAAAAAAUAGAUUUCCAGAUGUUGUUUGGUAGCAGUGGGAACGUCUUGGGCAAAAACUCUAUCCAGACUUGUUUAGAUUACAAACAAAUCCCAAGGGUGCAACCUGAAAGCCCCGUGCCUCCGUGCCAGGAUUCAGGCGUUUGCACGACAGCAAAAGAGAACGAGGAACAGCAAGACAGCACAAAGGACGAAGACAAACCCUCCGAAACAACCCGCUUCCUUUCCCCACAUCAUCCUCCAGGGGCCCUACCACAGCAGCCUUUAAGCACCACUCUGAGUUCGUUUUUACCGCCUCUCCACGGUAACGACAUCCUGAAGCAGAUUGCUCUGUCAGGUAGCAUGCUGAGGCAGCCCUGUAGCGAUGGCUACAUGCCGGUGAAGCAGAGAGAGAGCUGAU